AUGGUGUUCUGUUAUAAAACAAUAACAGAGUCUCCACGACGAUCGCCGAGGAAAAAGAAAACUACUUGUCGCACUAAGAUAUCAGAAAUACUCGGCCUCGACUUCGACACCAGCACGGACUUGGGUUCUGUCCCUGAACGGGAAUGGCGUCUCCUGGCUGCCCUCGCUAAAAAAAGGAAAGAUGAAGAUGAUAGAGAGAGACUGGCCGACCAGUUCCAUAAGAUGUGGCUGCAGGAGAAAGAGGGACGGGAGAUGAUGGAAGCCCAAACCUCCCUGCAAUACAAGCGUUUCAUCAACCGAAAACGGGAAGAUGAGCGUCUUUGGCACGAACAUCGCCGAAUGCUGAAGAACCUCGAACAGCAUAUGCAGAAAGACCAGCUGCUGAACACCAUCAGGUGGAAGGAGCGGAAGGCUGAGGAACUGUUGGCUUGGAGGGGAGACGAGAAGGCAUCAGAACUAGUCAACAGGGUUUUAGAAGACGAAGCCCGCGCAUUCCUAGCAGCAGAGAGACGCUCACGCCAAGAGUCAGCUGAUGAGUGGAGAAGACUGGUCGAAGUGGAGGAGACUAAGAGGAGAGCUGAUCAUGCGGAUAAAAGGAGGAACAAGAUUCUUCGAGACUCAUCUAGGCGUCUAGCGGUAUCUAGCGCCUUAAACACCUGGGAGACCUCACUUCUCCGCGAAGAAUUAGCCGCCUUGGACGCGGCCCGACGCGCCCAAUACGCCAUGCUGGCGACGCUGGCGUCCGCGAGAGGCGAGAGGGUGACGCGGGCGAGGGACUUGAAGAGGAGGCGAGCGAGAGCUGUCGCCGCGAGGUGCGAGAUGUGGAGGGACGCGGUUAGGAGAGGGAGUUAUUAGGCGACCGACGGAAAUGAGGUCUUACCUGGAUGUCACGGAACGCAUGCACCUACCGCCAUACAUUCGUUUUAACGAAUUAAUCGAUUAAUUGUGUAAAAAGAAGACGCACAAGCGGCGGCGACAGGGCCGCUUAGCAAGACUUGCAUUGUCGCGCGCGAUUCUAUGCUUGAAAUCCAAAUUCCAAAUUCCAAAUUAUUUAUUUGUUAAACAUAGGUAUGUACAACAGGUCUUAAAUGUAUAAUAUAGUAUCACAAUGUUUCGCCACAUGGCACACAAAUAGCUACAGAGCCGUAGCGUGAACAAUCGCGCUUAAAAUCUUUCAAGCGCGAUUGUGUCAUGUCACGCGCUACAACGAAAAUGCUAAGCGGUCUGCGCGGCAUGAGGAGUGUCUUUUCUCUCUUCUCUUCUUUGUCGUAUCCUGAUGGCUGAGGGACGUGACGACUGUGGACACUUCACCAGUGCUCUCCAAGCCGCUCUAUUUUGGGCCCAGUGUAUGCUAGCCUGCAAUGUUGCUUUUAUCUCUGACGUUAUUCUGUCCGCCCAAAAAUGGCUUAUUUUUCUAUGACAACCAUAAAAAAAUCCACUCCACCAUAUAAAAGACAUUCCUCAAAUAAAUGUGUGGCGUCAGUGCACAUUUCUCAAACGGGUGUCGCCAAAGACACCCGUUACUUAUUUAUAUAUGUAGUUUUCGUCGGAUUGUGAUUAAGAAGAAUGUAAAAAUAAUGUAUAGUUCACCAUGGCCAUAGAUAAUGUAUAUUGUUUAGAGAAAUUGUGUGUAAAUGCACCUGUUCUAUGUGUACGUACACAUAGAAAUACCGGAUACUAAAAUCUAUGUUAAUAGAAAAACAUUUUAUCGUUCUCAAUUUUAUUUUGUUUUGUCACUAGCAUAAGUAAAAAUAUUACGUAAUAAACCUUAAAUA